AUGGCUAAGUUACAAGGCUCAGACCCCUGCAAGCAAUCCGCCACAAACUCGAACGUCGGCCACUGCACAGGCCGCACUGCAUUGUGGCGCAUCACUGCGACGGGAAUAUUCGAAGUUCUUUUCCAAAGCGGCGACAUGCCUCCCAACGCUUUCUACGAGGACAUGGAACAGACCAUCUUUCGAGACAACCCAUGCUUCACCCGCGCGAAGGACAAAUCCUUCCCAGUAAGGCGAUCCUCAAGUACGGCUCCGAAGUACUCGUAG